UUCUCUCUCAGCUCCGAGUCCUCAGUCUGUUUGUCCUUCUCCGGCGGCCGUAGGCAGCGUGGAUGCGCGUGUGGAGCAGCUGGUGGCGGCGGCUGCGAACAGCGAGAAGAGGCGUUCACGGCGCGGUUGACGGUCGCUGAACGCGGUUAUAUCGUUCGGACUGCACGCUCGGUCUGGUCCGAACCGCACACAGGAGCUCCUGGAACCCCGAGCCGAGUCCCGAGUCCCGCCAUGAGCGACAGCGACGACGACACCCCGCGGCUCUCUAGCGCCGCCCUGACAGCUCUGCAGGAGUUCUACAGCGAAGAGUCGCGGCGCGGAGCCCCGCAGACGGACGAGUUCGCCGUGGGGUCCGUGGACGAGGACUGGAGUAAGAGUCAGUUCUGGUACGGCGAGGAGACUGCGGAGCGCCUGGCCGAGGAGGUCGCCCGGGAGGCUGGCGAGGGCGGCAGGGUAGCGUGCGUGAGCACCCCCAGCGUCUACCAGAAGCUGAAGCAGCGGCGCGCCGACGUUUUGCCGGUCCUCCUCGAGUACGACCGCCGCUUCUCCAUCUACGGCGAAGAGUUCGUCUUCUACGACUACUCGAACCCGCUGUUCUUGCCCCCCGAGGUCACCGCGCACAGUUUCGACAUGGUCAUCGCCGACCCCCCGUACCUGUCCCAGGAGUGCCUGAGCAAGGUGGCGGUUACGGUCAGGUUUCUCACCAAGGGGAAGGUCCUGCUGUGCACAGGUGCCAUCAUGGAGGAGGAUGCAGAGAAACUGCUGGGUGUGAAGAUGUGCAGCUUCCUUCCCAAACACAACCGCAACCUGGCAAACGAGUUCCGCUGCUACGUCAACUACUCGUCCAGCCUGGACUCCUGAAGCUCCCGGAUGAAACCGCACCAUGUUUUUACCAUAUGGAUUUUGUGUGAAAUAAUUGACUCGUGACGUUGUGUGCAUGUUCUGUACCGCGGCAGGGACAUGAUCCAGGACUGGUUGUUGAAAGAUGUGGGAUUCUGGAACGUUCCUUAGGCUGAUGUCCAGCUGGCGGUGGGUACACGGCUCUCGGAGCGACAGAGAUGGCCCCAGGAAGACGGUCUGACCCGGGCAACACUUAACCGCCUAUAUCCAUCCAUGUAUUCCUCUCCAUGUGGUAAAACAUGGUGUCAAGGCAGGCUUGAAUGCCGCAACCCCAACAGCGAGACUCCAGCUUGUGGCCCCAGAGGGGGUUCGACUCCACUUCCUGGAGCAAUAAAGGAGCCGCAGCAGGACA